GGAACUAUACCUGAAUCACUUCCCAGCCAGUACUAUCCCAUAACAGUUACUCCCAUUUCAUCUUCAUCAAUUGCCUGACGAGCCAUAGCCAUGUUCGCUACCCGUCGUCUGACCAACGGUCUUCCCCGAGCUCUCGGCCAAAGGGCUUUGUUCCACAACACUGUGCCGGCCUUCGUUCAAAAGGGGGAUUCUAUCCCAAACCUAGAUGUCUUGGUCGAAGACUCCCCCGGCAACAAAGUCAACCUCGCCAAGGAAAUCAAGGGAAAGGCCAUCAUCAUUGGUGUUCCUGCGGCGUUCAGCCCUGCUUGCUCCAGCACCCAUGUUCCCGGGUACAUCAAGCACCCUAAACUCAAGGAGGCUGGCCAGGUUUUCGUGGUUGCUGUCAAUGACCCAUUCGUGACCAAGGCCUGGGGUGCUUCCCUGGACCCCGAAGGCACGAGCGGCGUCCGCUUCCUUGGUGACCCCACUGGCAAGUUCUCAGAGGCCCUCGAUGUUACCUUUGACAGCACUGCGAUCUUUGGAAACCACCGUAGCAAGCGCUAUGCGCUUCUUGUUGAAGAUGGAAAGGUCAAGGAGGCCUUUGUGGAGCCCGACAACACCGGUGUCAAUGUGUCUGCGGCCGAGAAGGUCCUUGGCUAGAGGAAGGCUAUUAGGACAGUACAAUAUAAUCCAGUGUCCAUUAUCUAUGGGUAUAAAAUGCUAAUCUUUCUUAUCUUUUACAAUCCUCGCACAAUGAUAUAUAUAUCGUUGCCAGAUUAUACAACAAAUGUACAUGAAUCAACCUUCCAACGCCUGCCUGCAUGCUUUUAACCCGCAUGCCAAUCAAUACCCGGGA